AUGGCAUAUACUUUUCGCCGUGCUGCAGAGAAGUUGAAGUUAAUCGCCAAGAUGAACCGCUGGACCCGAAACCUCGAAGAGAGGCAGAAGGGAGAGAGUGGAUCGCCCAAACGGUCCUAUCUUUUGGAACUACCUACAGAGCUCAUCCUGGAGAUCAUUUCACACCUCACGGUUCUACCUGAAGCCUGUCUCGCCUUGACCUGCAAGCGACUAUACGCAAUCUCCGGCGCCAUUCUAGACUCCAAGUCCCUGCAUUUCAACAGAGACUUUGCACCGCUCUUUCACCACUACCGGAAUGGACAUAAUUUCGUCACGCCUCGAUGGCAGCUGAUCAACUUGCUCGAGAACAGUAGGUGGUGGGCCUGUUCUAAAUGCUUGAAGCUCCAUCCACGAAGCGCAUUUCCGUCUCGGGAGUUGCGACGGAAGGCCGAAGAACGGACUUGUCACUUGGGAGAAUCGGCUGGAAUCGUUGAUUUGUGUCCGUGCAAAAAACUGACGUACCGCGAUACUCUUGAUCUUGUCGAGCUACUGAAAAUGCGGCAGAAAUCCGUGGACGUUUUAUCCACCCAGUUUGGAACCGGAGUCCAGAACCGAUUCUGUUGGCACUCAUGCACUGAGCAUUACGGUGCUACCGAAUUGGCGAUUGACAUUUACCCGGAGUUGGAUGAGCACGACCAGCUUAUGGUCAAGACAGAGUAUCACCUGUCAACGGCUUCCGGACAGUUGGGCAAAGAGGAGUACAUGACGCCUCGAUUUGGAUGCGCCCAUCGAUCCGUCGACUUGUGGCUUUCAAGUGUCUGUCAGACCACUAUCUGCCGAAUAUACGACAGCUUUUGCUCCUCGUGCAAGCGCAUCACGGUAUGCAACAGCUGCGGCACAGCUCUGAAAUGCCCCCGCAAACAGCCCUGUCGUGUGGAAGAGGAGUCCGGCAAGGCGAUCUACUUCUUUUGGACUGAGAGAUGUCUGGGAGGAACGACGCCCCUUCCCGACCAGAUGUGGGCGUCGCAGCGCAUCCACCCAGCCGAGAAUACGAUCGACGUGGACAAUUGCAGUGAGCUCUGUCCGUGGACUGUCCGGGAGCAUCCUCCCCUGAACAGUGCCCCCACGUUAGGUAUGGAUAUCCUUGAACCUGGGCUGCAAGAUCAGUCGAUGAAUCAAUUAUAUUCAUCAAUCAACAUGAUCUGA